UUUCUACACACGCUGGCAACUCACGCGGUCAGAAUUUCGAGUCCGACCUGCGCUCUGUAUAAAUUAAAGGGGCGACAUUUUGAAGAUCAAAAUCCAAAGUCAAUCGCAACCUUGCUCGUCCAUGUCGAUUACUGGUAUUCAAGGACAGCUUCUUGAGGCUACCGUUGUUGGGUGCAACAAAUUGAAGGACACCGAGUGGAUCUCGAGGCAGGACCCGUACGUGUGUGUUGAAUAUGGUAGCACCAAGUUCCGCACCAGAACCUGCACUGAUGGUGGAAAAAAUCCAACCUUCCAGGAGAAGUUCGUGUUUACGUUAAUCGAAGGUCUUCGGGAGUUGAACAUUGUCGUUUGGAACAGUAAUACCCUUACUUACGACGACUUCAUCGGCAGCGGAAAGGUUCAAUUGCAGAAGGUUAUUUCUCAGGGUUUCGACGACACCGCCUGGCCACUUCAGACUAAAACUGGCAGAUAUGCAGGAGAAGUGCGGCUGAUAUUGCAUUAUUCUAAUGCCAUUAAACCUGGAACAAGCUUUGCUCCAUCAGCACCACCAUAUGUAACACCAUCUAUUCCUCAGGCCCCUUUAUACUCUACAGCCCCACCAGCACAUGCUGCUCCUUACCCGAUGCCAGCACCUGCUGCUCCUUGCGCACCUCAAGGUUACCCAGCUCCAUCUCCUUACUCUUCAUACCCACCAAAUUCAGCUGGUUAUCCACCAUCACCAUACUCAUCUCCACCGCCAGCUGCCUAUCCUCCACCACCAUACCCACCAACUUCAGGUUAUCCUCCUCCUCCAUACCCGCCACCUCCACAAUCCUCUUCCUAUUAUCCUCCAGGUCCUUAUCCUGGAAUGUAUCCUCCACCUCCAUACUAGUUCUGAGAGGUAAGCUCAAGUUAUACGCAGCUUCUGCAAUGAAAGAAGUAACUUGUAAAAUUCAAUGUUAGGUCGUUGUGUAUACAAUUGGAGGUUAGUAUUUAGUAGCUGUCAGGUCCAAGGAUGUUAAAGGUUUAUAACAAAUUUGUAUUGGUUUUCCUUUUUCGAAUUGUUGAUAGACUAUUCUGUUAAAAAAUUAUUUGAUUCUCUCUUU